AUGGUCUCAGAGAUCUCUAAAUUGACUAUUUCUUUGGUGGUGAAAUAUGAACGUUUAGAAAGAAUUGCUGUCAACCCAUUCCAUUCUUCCUACCUACAAUUAUUCAGCAGUAACAUUAUUUUAAAUAUUGUUGUUGCACGAAUCACAAAUUUCUUUAUUAAGAUCACUUCUAUAGUUAUAAAAUGUUUAAAGAAAUAUCCAAUAGAUCCGAAUAGCUUGAUAGAUAAUGCCUUGUUUAAAUUAUUGUUAGGAGAGAUAAUUCCAGGGUUAGGAUAUUGUGAAUUAAUAGAUUCCUGGUUGGCUGCACAUUUGGCUGAUAUUCUAAGCAAAUUUAAUAUAAUACCUAAAAAUAAAAUUUCAGCCUUUUCAACUGAGCUCCGAGAAUAUUAUCUGUUAAAUUAUGCAGAACUAUUAAUACACAAUCAAGUAUUAUGGCAAUUAGGAUUUGAAUAUUUAGAUCAUUGUGAAAUGCUUGGAGAAUCAUAUUUAUCAGAGCUUAUUGUUAAAGUUCCUAUUGAUUCAGAAAGAAAAGCAGCCAAAUUGUUAAAUAUUUGUAAAGCCAAAAAUUUAAAAGCUGAAGCCAGAAUUAUUUUAAAGGUUAUGGGCAAGAAAUGUUUAAAAAAUCAACGAUAUUCGUCAUCAAUCUUAUACCUUAUGCAAGCAGGUGAAACAGAAAAGGAAUAUGAACACGCAGGCAAAGAAUUAAUACAAUUAAUAAAAUCACAAGUAGCACCUAAAGCUUAUUGGCCAGCAUUGUUAGUCAAUGCGAUUCCUUUAUUAAAAUUAGAUAUACAUGAAAUUUGGCGUAUUUUACAAGAAAUUAUAGGGCCAUUACAACCUAUAGAAUGUUUAUUAACAAUUCAAAAAAUAAUGAAAUGGCAUAAUCAAACAAAUGAAUAUGAAACAUUGGAUGAGGAAUUAUCAAUUAUUCCUUAUUUAUGUACAAAAAAUAUUUCUAGAUUGUAA